UUUAAAAUUUAAAAAUUAUGUUAUUGUAAAUACAAGUUAUUUUGUUAAUAACUUAAUAGUUUAAUUAGUUUUUAUGAAAGUAAUUAAUUAAUCAGUAAAUUGUUUUAUUUUUUUAUAAAUAACUUUUAAAAACGAUAAAUAUUUUUUCAUAGAUAGUUCAAUUUUUAUUAAACAAACAAAAAAUUAACGCGUGUACUGUAAACAAAUUAAUCCAAAAAUUAAAUAAACUAUUAGUUAUUCAAAAAAUUAAAUAUUUAAAAAUCAGUAAUUAAAAUGACCGGUUAGUAAAUUAGUGAUGAAUUUUUAAAUGUAACAAUUUCCUUUACAAUGUGUUGCUGAUAAAUCAAUGGAGAAAGAGAAAGUAUAUUAUAAAAGUCAAUUUGUUGGUAUCGAUAACGAUCCAAGUGAAUCAGAAUGUUUAUUGUGUGAUUCAACUUUUAUUUUACCAACAAAUCAGAAAGAUUAUUUAUCACAUUUAUUUAAAGAACAUCGUCUGAUUAUUGGUGAUGUUUCGAAAAUUGCAAGUCUAAGAAGUUAUGUUCAUUAUUGGAAAGUAAGGUGUAAAAGUGGAUCAUUAAAAAAUUUCUGUACAACAAUGUUAAUGGAUUGUACACCUGAUGGUAAACCAAGUAAAAAUGAAAUUUAUUAUUUAUUAUCUGACUGUAUUGCCGAAGAUAAAACACUUCGUGAUGAAAUUCAAUCCGCUAAAUUGGAGUGGGUGAUAAAUCAACAAACUCAUGAAAGAACAGAUAAUAAUUUUAAACGCGGGUGUAUGAUAUGCAAACAAGAGUUUUCAGGUCUGAGAAUUACAUAUUUGACGCAUUUAAAAGAAAAACAUAACAUUCAUUUCGGAAAGUAUCAUAAUUUAGUAUUCGUUGAUAAAUUGCUUGAUAAAAUUCAAUAUAAUUUUGAAAAUUUUAUAUGCAUUUACUGUGAAAAAGUAUUCAAAGAUAGAAAUGUAUUAAAGGAACAUAUGAGAAAAAAAUUACACAAGCGUAUUAAUCCUAAAAAUAAAUCAUAUGAUGAAUUUUAUAUUACGAAUUAUGUGAAACCACGUGAUUCAUUGGAUCAUAAAGAGGACAAUGAAUUUGAUGAGGAAUAUGACGCAAUCGCAUUUAGUGACAACGAAGAUGAAGAAAAUUUAUGGUCUGAUUGGACAAUCGAAAAUAAUCCAAUAAAUUGUUUAUUUUGUUCAACUAAAAUAAACGAAUUUCCAAAUAUACUAGAUCAUAUGAAAGACGAUCAUGAGUUUGAUUUUAAUAAAUCAACUGAAAAUUUAAACUUCUAUGAAAAAAUAAAAUUAGUCAAUUACUUCAGAAAACAAGUACAUGAAAAAAAAUGUGUUUAUUGCAAUGUACAAUCGGAUAAUUAUCUUGAGCAUAUGAAAAAUGAAGAUCAUUUUAAAAUUCCUCCGUCACGUAUUUGGAAUUUGUCUAAAUACUAUUCUCCGAUGUGUAAAGAAGAUCCAUUUUUAUAUCAUCUAGAUACUGGCAGUGAUGAUGAAUAUGAUGAAAAUAAUCUCGAUACUUUAUCAAAUGAUAUAAAAAAACUGUAAAAAUUUUUGUUUAAAUAAAGAAAAAUUAUAAAUUAAACAAUUUUGUAAAUAAAUUUUUCUUUUUAAUAAACACGUUAACCAAAC